UUUUUUUCCAAUUUUACUUAAUCAUCGCGAAUUCUUCGCUCAGACAAAAAUAAAAUUUUCGAUCCCUCUUUACUUUCCCUCUCUUUUCCCGUCAUUGGAGGGAAAAACCAAAACCAAGGCCUUUCUCUCUCUCUACUGGAGGUGUUGCUUUUAGUUGAGCUUCUGAGUUUUUUCAUCCCCGAUCUCGUAUUCUGGUACCAAUAACACCCAGAAGAUUGGGUAGAUAAUAUAGUCUUUGGUGAAAUGCAAACCAAGAAAAGAAUUCCUUCUCGAGAAGUUGCGAGCCCAAGGGUGUCAAGAGCUCAGAAGAAAGCAGCUGAAAAUGCACAAGUCGCAGAAAAGAAGGUUACAGAGCUAAUUACGUCUUCAGCCAGAAGGCAGAGAUGUGUGAAGAGAAGUGCUGUACCUGUUGCUGCAUCCAACUUGAAUACCAGGUACGACUUGCCCCAAGCCGAGACUUCUGAUACUUGUGUGGUGCAUGAUGAGAUAGUUGGUGCUUCCAUGGCUCGUAAGGAUUGCAAUGAUGGAUAUGUAACGGAGACAAUAUUUUCUCCUGUCUUUCAUGUUUCCAGAGUUUCUGAAGGGGAAAUACCCGGUGAAGAUCAGUUCCAGCAGGAUUGUGGAAUAGAGAACUCAUGGAUUGAUAUUCAUGGAGGUCAUGUUGCUCAAGAUACUCGUCACAGAGGGAUUGAGAAUACAUUAACUUCAGUUAAUGCAUCAUGUCCUGGUGAUAUAGAAGUGGGUACAAACUUGGUAGCUAACAACUUUGAUGGGCAGAACUGCAGUGAGAUGCUUACCAUGGAUACAAAUAUAGCAACAUGUUGUAAUACAUAUUCAGAAGGAGCUGGGCUUUCAUCUGAAGUUUCCGCAAUAUAUCUUGCCAUGAAGAACUCAAAGUUGGAAUGUGUUGAUGAGCGUAGUCAAGAUUCUAUGUCAAUUGAUGCUUCUGUCGAGGAUGAAGACUACGAGAAAUUUGAUGACUUUGAUCCUUAUCUAUUCAUAAAGAAACUACCGGAUUUAUCAUCGGUCGUCCCCACUUUUCGGCAUAUGCUACUUCCUAGACAGACUCGAAGUUGCCCUCCUACUACUCUUGUUUUGGACUUGGAUGAGACUUUGGUGCACUCCACACUAGAACCUUGUGCUGAUGCAGAUUUCACCUUCCCUGUUAAUUUUAAUCUCCAGGAGCAUACAGUCUCUGUCCGAUGCCGUCCUCACUUAAGAGAUUUUAUGGACAGAGUUUCUUGUCUAUUCGAAAUCAUUAUAUUUACUGCCAGUCAAAGUAUAUAUGCUGAGCAGCUAUUGAACGUGCUAGAUCCAAAGAGGAAGAUAUUUCGUCAUCGUGUUUUUCGUGAAUCCUGUGUAUAUGUCGAUGGGAACUACCUCAAGGAUUUGUCAGUACAUGGCCGUGAUUUGGCACAUGUUAUUAUAAUUGACAAUUCUCCACAGGCAUUUGGGUUCCAAGUGGAUAAUGGAAUCCCCAUUGAGAGCUGGUUUGACAAUUGUUACGAUCAAGAAUUACUUCUGUUGCUUCCCUUUUUGGAGAGUUUGGUGGAUGUUGAAGAUGUUAGACCGUUGAUAGCUAACAAGUUCAACCUGCAGGAGAAGAUUGCUGCAGCUACUUAUCCAACUUUAAUUUCAAAUAGAGUACAUGACUUCUAAAGGUGAUAUCCACGAUGUACUUAUACCCAGUUACAGACUGCAACGACUUUUUUGGAGGUUCGCCGAUACUGCCAUAAGUAUUGGGGAGUUGCUUUUAAGAGAACUCUUCAUGAGACUGUCUUUGUGACGAAUAAUUUGUGCUUUCAAUUGAUCUGAGAAGAUAGGUAAUUUGUGCUCUUGAGUGAAACAGUUGAAACAUUUUAUACAGAGACGUUGUAGUACAUUAAUUAUUUCACAAGCUUCAGAAUAAAAUAAUUUCUAGUUUUUGUUCUAAAUUAA